CCCCGCCCGGGCCGCCCCCCGGCCCGCCAGUCCGCACUGCCUGGCGCCGGUCGGCCGCCUCUCAUGGCCUCCUCUCUCGGCUGUGUCGCUUCUAGGAUGGCGGAGGUACCGCCUGGGCCUAGCAGCCUCCUCCCACCACCAGCGCCUGCGGCCCCAGCGGCGGCCGAGCCCCGCUGUCCGUUCCCGGCGGGGGCCGCGCUCGCUUGCUGCAGCGAGGACGAGGAGGACGACGAGGAGCACGAAGGCGGCUGCGGGAGCCCAGCGGGCAGCGAGGCGGCGACCACGGCCAAAGCGCGUUCUUGCCUUCGCUGCCCGCAGCUGCCUCCAGAGCAGCAGCAGCAGCAGCAGCAGCAGCAGCAGCUCAACGGAUUGAUCGGCCCAGAACUGCGACACCUCCGGGCCGCGGCGACCCUCAAGAGUAAGGUUCUGUGUGCAGCGGAGGCGGCUGCCCUCGACGGGGCCCCCAAAGUGACUGCCACAAAAGGAGCCGCCGGGGGACACCCCGAGGAGAGACCUCCCCACUCGGUCCCCAACAAUGCUAGAACUGCACUCCCCGGCCGGCCAGAGGCAGCAGCGGCAGCGGCGGCGAGCGACCCCGCGGCGGCCCGCAAUGGACUGGUGGAGGGCAACGAGCAGGAUGGGGAGGACGAGCAGGUGCGGCUGCUGUCUUCGUCUCUGACCGCCAGCUGCAGUUUAAGGAGCUCCCUGGUCAGGGAGACCGAGCCCGGGGAGGAUCGGACGAUACGAUACGUCCGAUAUGAAUCCGAGCUCCAAAUGCCUGAUAUCAUGAGACUGAUCACCAAAGAUCUGUCUGAACCCUACUCCAUUUAUACGUAUAGAUAUUUUAUCCACAACUGGCCACAGCUGUGUUUCUUGGCCAUGGUAGGGGAGGAGUGUGUAGGUGCCAUCGUUUGCAAGUUGGAUAUGCACAAAAAGAUGUUCCGCAGAGGUUAUAUAGCCAUGUUAGCCGUGGAUUCCAAAUACAGGAGAAAUGGCAUUGGUACUAACUUGGUAAAGAAAGCUAUAUAUGCCAUGGUUGAAGGAGACUGUGAUGAGGUUGUUUUGGAAACAGAAAUAACAAAUAAGUCUGCUUUGAAACUUUAUGAAAACCUUGGUUUUGUUCGAGAUAAGAGGCUGUUCAGAUACUAUUUAAAUGGAGUUGAUGCACUGCGACUUAAACUGUGGCUGCGCUGAGAGACUGACAGCAAGGAGCGGCUCCACCACAUGGAAGGGACUUUUGCAUGCAAUGCAAUUUGUGAAGAAUUGCUUUGCAGGUGGAUUUAGAGAUUCCCGUGCAGCUGUUAUCUGUCAGUGUCCAUUGAGUGUCGCACAAUAUUUGUUGCACUUUGGCAUGGCGCAUUUGUUCUGAAUUAAAUGAGAUUGUUUUAAACUUCAAGAGUUCUUUUGGUACCAACAGGAUGUGCCAGUUAAUAGCCAAGAUUUGUUCAUUUGCAAAGUCUGCUGACAGUGCUAUUUACAUAGUGACCAUUUUAUCACAGAACCAGUAAGUGGGACAUGGUUUUUGUCCUUAAAGAAGCCAACGUAGAUUGUAAAAGUCUCUUAAGUAUGCUAACAUUUCACACAAAACCUGCCAUAGUUUUCUGAAGGGGGUGAGGGAAAAGCUUCAAUUUAGGUUUUAUUUUUUCAAUAUAAAAAUUUCCAUUCUUGAAUAUUAGUACCUCAGUGAUUAGUGGAUGAAGUGUAGAGUGGAAUUUGUCUUACAAUGAGUAAAGAUGACAAUUACAUUGCGUCUGCCAGUGCCUGUGUAGAUAAGUAUUCUUGUCUUCAUCUCUAGUUUUGAAUGCAUGCUGCCUUUUCUUUUUCUUUAAUACCUUUGCAAGCAAUCUUGUUUUUAUUUAAAUUCUAAAUUUGAUAAUAAAUUAUUUCAGAUUUUUUUAUAAUUUGGACAGUUUUUCCAGGUGAAUGACAAUGGUUUGCUUUAGAUGUCCUUUUUUCCUUACAGUAAGAAGCUGACUCCUUGGGAAACAGAAAUGGCUUACUGGGAUGGAGCUGAGAAUUGCAGGAUUUGGAUGCACUUUUUUGUUUUUGUUUUUUGAGAAUGGGGACUUUUUGAAAAAGAAUAGAAAAUUAAUGUAAAUUGAUAUGAUUUUAUUUAAUCAAAAUGAUUGCUAAGCUGUGAAGAACAGCUUCUGUAAAGUAGCUCGGGGUUUUUUGUUUUGUUUUUUUACUUAAUUUGAAUUCACAUUGCUUCCAUUUCUGAAAACACUUCACUUUUGGUUCUUGAUAUUAGAAAUGAAUUUCAAGGAGCAUUGUAUCUGUUUUAAACUGCAUUUACUUUCUUUUCACCUGAGCAGAUUCUUGGGGGAACCUUUGCUUUGUUCCUCCAGAAAAAAAGGGAGGGAUGGAAAAAAAAACUUAAUGAGUUCUUUGGGUUUUCUGAGCAGUCAGGUGUUUAUUAGUUAAAAUGAAUUUUGGCUAAUCAGUGUAAUGUUAACAAAUUUUAGCUCUUUGUUUUGAGUUGAGUCAGUAAAUCUGUGAUGCAUAAUUUAUUUAACUAGAAAACCUAAGCACUCGUAAGGAAAUAGAUUCAUUUUCUGAGAAAUGUCUUAUAGGAAUCUGGCAUUCAUGUUGUUAUUUUCAGUUGAAGAUGCUUUUCUUCUGCUCUAGUACUUGGUUUGAAUUUUAUUUUAUGGCUGUAAUUACUGUACUUUAAAAAAAAACCCUACCUCCGUUAACAGUUGGUAAAGGCCCCUUUUCAGGAAAGUUUGU